UUUUCUUUAUCUGUGAAAUGUUAGCACAAAAAUUCCUCUAUUUUAAAGUCCUCGAGAUUUGUUUACUUAAUCUCUGGAAUCUUUAACCAAUGCAUUACCCAUCCAGCUCAUUCAUCUCAGAAUAUAUGUUCUUCUUCUAAACUUUUCCUUCCAUAUCAAUAUACAUAUUCAAAGAAAAAAAUCUUUGAUUGAUCUCUUUCCAUCCACUGCUGUAAACACUAUUCUUUUUGACUACCAAAACCAACUUCUGGGCUGGAUUUUCAACAAUGGGUUGUAGGAAUUCGAAGCCAAAGGUAUGCCAAAAAUGCAAGACACAAUAUUCUCCAGUGCACCGAAGCUACUCAAUGUAUAAAGAUUUUCCUACUAAUACUAACACUAAUGGUAGCUUUCAUCUGGUCUCUCUCACUUCCUCAACAUUAGGAUCCCUGAGGCUUGAUCCACUGAACAAAAGUAUCAAAGAUGAUCUUUCGUUGUUCGAAAAGGGUGGCAGCGAUGAAGGGAAGAUUUAUAAAGAAGAGUUCGAAAUGGGGUUGAUUGAGGCAAAGACAUGGUCCCAAAUAAUCAAUGAGAAAAUACCCAAAGUGGUUCCUAAGACGCCCAUUACAACUCCUGGCGAGCCAGAGAGUGUUAAUGUUUGGGAAUUGAUGAAAGAUUUGGAAGAUAUUGAUCCUAUUAAAUCGCCUCAUCAUGUUCGUAGCUUUUCUUUCCAUGUCUUUCCAGAUCCUUAUGAUCAUCAACUUACUCCCAGACUGAAAUCAAACUAUGAAGUAACAGAGUAUAAAUUGGUGCAACAUGGUAAAGACAAACUGGUUGUUUACUUCACAAGCCUAAGAGGGGUAAGGAAAACAUACGAGGACUGUUGUCAUGUUCGGAUGAUUUUGAAGGGAUUAGGUGUUAAGAUCGACGAGAGAGACAUAUCAAUGCAUGCAGGGUUCAAGGAGGAGUUGAGAGAGUUAGUAGGAGAGGGAUAUAGUGGUAGGGGUUUGCCUAGGGUAUUUGUGGGGAGAAAAUACAUUGGUGGGGUUGAUGAAAUAUGCAGAAUGCAUGACGAUGGGCAGCUUGAGAAGGUAGUAGAAAGCUGCGAAAAGGCAGAAGAUGGAGUUUGCGAGGCCUGUGGAGAUAUGAGGUUUGUGCCAUGUGAAACAUGCUAUGGGAGUUGUAAAGUAUACUAUGAAGCAGAGUAUGAUGAAAUAGAUGAGUGUGGCUUCCAACGAUGCCCAGAUUGCAAUGAGAAUGGGCUAAUACGAUGUCCAAUUUGUUGUGAUUAGAUUUCAUCAGUUUUAUGGUGCUCUCAUGUUCAGGUGCUUGCUGUGGAUUCUCACAUGACCAGCUUUGUAUUACAAAGACAAAGAUGGGCGGCCAAUCUAAGGCGGUUUUUACGGGUUCAACUGAACGCAUUGCUUUUCUCUUGAACUAUGUAUACAUAUGCAAAAGCAUUUAAAAUAUGUACACAUAAUAAGGACUCUAGAUCUUGAACUUUCUGCUGAUGGGCAAGGUUCAAGCACCAAAACUGAUACGAAUAUCAGUUAGCCACCAGAUUAUCCCACUUCUCUAGCACAAUAGUAGCAGUAGUGGAAGAGUAGUAGCACUUAUCCAACAAAAAGACAUGAUUGAAAAGGUUCAAAUAAUGGCUUUUGCAGCAUUUGGCAUAAAAUGGAGUCCAGUUUGUUUGAUGGAUUAAGAAGCUUUACUAAGCAGAGGCAACUUGACAGUAGUUGAAUCAUCUGAACAAUAAAUACUAUAGUAACUUAAAGUAGUUCUGAGGAUUUUAAACCACAUGAAAGUAACAAUCUCUUCCCCGAUUUUUCCCACUCUAAUGUGGUCUGAUCCUUCCUCGGCCACCGCGGAUAGCUGGAGCUUAGUGUCCCGAGCUAUCCUUUUCUUUUUAGGACUUGCAAUUCUAGGCACAUUCAAAGCAGUAGUGUGCUUACAACUCCACAAUGAAGCAAGUUAACUUUGCCAAUAAC